AAAGGGGAAAAAAAACCUAAAUCCCAAUUUUGGAUCGGUAUUUUAUUGUAAUUGAAGAACAUCAAAAUCAAAUUGUAUUGUAUACCCUUUUUGCCAAUUUUGGAAGGGUAUUUUAUUGUAAUUGAAGAACAUCAAAAUCAAAUUGUUUUUAUAUACCCUUUUGAGAUAGAAGCGCGGCCCAAGGUUUUACCAGGGGCUCCUGCUCUCCUUCUUCUCCUGUUUUUCUGCAAGUAAAGGCCCUUCCACCGCCUUUGAAUCUUUAAUUCGAGAACAGGACCUUCUGUUCAAUUUUUUCGUCCUCACUCUCUAGCUCUGUCAAAAAGCCUUCUUCACAACUACCCGACGGUGUCGUUUUUAAUCGAAGUACACCAGAAUGGGGAGACAGAAGGGUGACGGGGCCAGGAGCAAGGCACGCCCUUCAAGCAGCAGCCUUGCGGCUUCUCUAUUGCCAUCGAGUUCCGCAGCGGCAGCGGUGGGAUUCGGCGGCUAUGUCGGUAGCUCUCGCCUGGAUUCCUCUCUCUCUACCGAAGAUUCCACUCCUUUUUUGGAUAUAGAUAGUGAAGUCGCACAGCACUUAAAAAGGCUGGCAAGGAAGGAUCCUACUACCAAGCUUAAAGCUCUGGCAUCUCUGUCUGCUCUGCUCAAGCAAAAGUCUGGAAAGGAAAUAGUACCAAUCAUUCCACAAUGGGCAUUUGAAUACAAGAAGCUUUUGCUGGACUAUAAUCGAGAGGUUCGGCGAGCUACUCAUGAUACAAUGACUAAUCUUGUCACUGCUGUCAGAAGAGAUUUGGCUCCACAUUUGAAGUCUUUGAUGGGACCAUGGUGGUUCUCUCAAUUUGAUCCAAGUUCUGAAGUUUCCCAAGCUGCGAAGCGUUCAUUACAGGCUGCCUUCCCUGCUCCGGAAAAGAGAUUGGAUGCUUUAAUCUUAUGUACAACUGAGAUUUUUAUUUAUUUGGAAGAAAAUUUGAAGCUUACUCCACAAAAUUUGUCCGAUAAAGCAGUUGCUUUGGAUGAAUUGCAAGAGAUGCACCAGCAGGUGGUAUCUUCUUCAUUGCUGGCUUUGGCCACUCUUCUUGAUGUUUUGGUCUCUGUGCAAAUAGAAAGUCCUGGUUUUGAAAAUGUAGCUGCUGAACCAAAACAUGCUUCUAAGGCUAAGGCAACUGCAAUUUCUUUUGCUGAAAAACUCUUCUCUGAUCAUAAAUAUUUUCUGGAGUUUUUGAAGUCUCAAAGCCCUGCUGUUCGGUCAGCUACAUACUCAGUCUUAAGAAGUUUCAUUAAAAACAUUCCUCAGGCUUUUGGUGAGGGAAAUAUGAAAACUCUUGCUACAGCAGUUCUUGGUGCUUUCCUUGAAAAAGAUCCUACUUGUCAUUCUUCGAUGUGGGAUGCAAUAUUGCUAUUUUCAAAGAGAUUUCCCGACAGUUGGACUACCUUAAAUGUUCAAAAAUCUGUAUUCAAUCGGUUUUGGUCUUUUAUUAGGAAUGGGUGCUUUGGAUCUCAGCAAGUUUCUUAUCCUGCGUUGGUUCUCUUCUUAGAUGCUAUUCCUUCUAAAGUAUUCUCAGGAGACAAUUUUUUUCUUGAUUUUUUCGAUAACCUAUGGGCCGGAAGGAACCCAAUUCAUUCUCCAAAUGCAGAUCAACUAGCAUUUUUCGGGGCAUUUAAAGAGUGUUUUCUUUGGGGAUUACAUAAUGCCUCUAGAUUUUGUGACAGCGUUGAUUCUGUUUCUCAUUUCCGGAUAACCCUUAUUAACAAUAUCCUUGUAAAGCUUCUGUGGCAAGAUUACCUAUCAUCUGUGGGCUCAAAAGACCAGGAUAGUGAUCAGGCUCUCCAUGGAAAGACAACAGAAACGCAGAAUAUUAAGUAUUCAAUAAGUUAUCUUCAGGAGUUGGGAAAAUGCAUUGUUGAAAUUCUUUCUGGCAUUUAUGCACUGGAACAUGAUCUUCUCUUUGUCUUUUGUAUGGCAUUUCAAGAAACUUGUGAGAGAUUACUUCAGCAAAAAGUGAUCACAGAACAGCCAGCCGUGAAUAUAGACCUAAUUAUUAAAUUUCUGUUCUUAGUGGACCGACAUGCAAAGCAAAAGGGUGAAGCUUGGCCUUUGCUGCAUUUAGUGGGACCAAUGUUGGCUAAGUCUUUCCCGUUGGUCAGAUCACUUGAUUCGCCAGAUGGUGUGAGGCUAUUGUCUAUUUCAGUUUCAAUAUUUGGAGCUCGUAAGGUACUCAAAGAGAUUUUCUCCAACAGCAAUGCACUUUCUUGUGGUCCUCCCCAUGACAAGGACAGUGAACUGAAGCUGGAGUAUUUUCUUCAAGCUUACAAGGAAACAUUUGUUCCUUGGUGUUUGCAUGAACAUGAUUGUGGUACCAGUGCUCGACUAGAUCUGUUGCUUGCAUUGCUUGAUAAUGAAUGUUUCUCUGAGCAGUGGCAUGCUGUUAUCACAUAUGCCAUUGACUUGGUGAAUUCUAAGGUUGGGUCACGCUCCAUUAACUCAAAUCACUUAGCAGUGUUGGCAAUGCUUUUUGAGAAAGUGAGAAAUGAGAUUAGGAGAAGGAAAGUGGAAGAAAAUUCUUUUCAUCGGCUAGGUUCCCUCCCAGAUCAUUGGCAUCAUGAUCUUCUUGAAGCAACUGCUGUUUCUGUUGCUUUUUCCCUUCCUCCUUUUGGAACUUCUGAUGCACGGUUUGUGUGUUCUGUUCUUGGUGGUGCAACAGAAGGCAAUCUAGAUUCACUUGUCUCUAGAAAGUCGAUGAUCCUGAUAGUCAAGGAGGUUUUAAGAAGACUAGUUUCUUUUAUUCUCGAUUCCUCUUUCAAUUCUGUUAAGCAGGCAGGUGCUCUGUUUACUUCUGUAGAGAAUGGCCUUGGAUUGGAAAGUAAGAAUCCUGCAAAUGUGGUUGACCUGGCUCAUUUUGCUCUUGAAAUAUUUGAGGGUAGUUUCUUUUGCUUAAGGGCACUUGAUGAGGAAAGUGGCUUGGUUUCAAGUAUUUCAUCUGCCGUGUUUAUUAUUGACUGGGAGUAUAGGAUGACAUUAGCAGUAGACGAUGCUCUCAAUGAUGAAUCCUGUAACAAAAUCAAAGCACGUUUGGGUAUUUGUGAAUCAGCACAUGGUUGUCAAUCCAAGAUAAGCAAUUUGUGGAAAAGCUUCAGCACUGAUGUGAGAAAAGGAAUAAGGAGCAUCUUUAUUUGCACUAUUAGGUCUGCCAUCUUCAAGGAAGAUAAACUUGAUACCAAUAAAUUCAUGUCUUUAUGCUACCUGAUGAUGAUAGAUGUGCUUGAGUGUCUCUGUCAGGAUCAGUACGAGGAACAAAAUCUGUUAGAUCAUCUUCUAAGCAAGGGUGAUAUGUGGCCUUGGUGGAUCGUAGCUGACUUCCAUUCCCUAAAAGGAUCGGCUAAAUCAGAUACUGAAAGAGUCGCAUAUGGAAACUACAAGUUCAUUUCUUUAAUUGAUAAACUUAUUUAUAAACUUGGGUUUGAUAAAGUCAUUGCUUGUGAAGACUUGGACACUUCACCAUUAUCAACUGAGGAUAAAACAAAUACUGAGGUUACUUCUCGAGCUUGGCUUGCUGCAGAAAUACUAUGCACAUGGAAAUGGCCAGAAGGAAGUGCUGCAACCUCUUUCUUACCUCAGCUGAUCUCAUUUGCCAAGAGUAGAAAUUAUUCUUCUCACGGGAGCUUCUUAGAUUCCAUUUUCAGCAUUUUACUUGAUGGUGCUCUCAUUCAUGGUGAAAAUUGUGUACAGACUUCACUUCAUGCAUGGCCUACUUUAGGUGAAGAUAUGGAGGAUAUACAAGAGCCCUUUUUGAGAGCUCUUGUAUCUUUCCUUUUCACAUUGUUAAAAGAAAAUAUUUGGGGAACAGGAAAGGCCAUGAUUCUGUUUCAGCUUCUUGUAAAUAAACUCUUUAUAGGUGAAGCAGUAAACACAAAUUGUUUGAGGAUACUUCCUCCAAUUUUAUGUGUUCUUGUACCUACUUUAUGGCAAAGAAGUAUCAGAUCCAGUGAAUGUACUAGUACAGAUGUUAAACCCGAUGCACUUGAUGAAAAUCGGAUGCAGGAUACUAUCAAAAGCUGGCUGCAGAGGAUUCUAUUAUUCCCACCUUUGGUCACAUGGCAAACUGGACAGGAUAUGGAAGAAUGGUUCCACUUGGUCUUCUCCUGUUAUCCUUUAAGGGUUAUGGGAGGUGCUGAAAUAAUGAAGCUGGAUAGAAGCAUUGGUCAUGAGGAGAGAAUUCUCUUACUGGAUUUAUUUCGGAAGCAGAGACAUGAAAAUAGUGGAUCAAUUGCAGCUAAUCAGUUGCCAGUAGUGCAAAUGCUGCUAUCAAAGCUAAUGGUUAUUUCAGUUGGUUAUUGCUGGAGAGAAUUUGAUGAAGAAGAUUGGGAGUUUCUAUUUUUCCAUCUAAGGUACUGGAUUGAAUCGGCAGUGGUAAUGAUGGAGGAAGUUGCUGAAAAUGUGAACGAUGCAGUCACUGAACACUCUUCUUCUGAUAGCUUGGAUCUUAUUUGUGAUAAACUUAAACAAAUUGUGUUGGUUUCUGACCCUUCUCCUAUAAAUGUCACUAAAAAUUCCAUCAUCUCAUUUUCCUUUUUUUGUGGGCUUUUGGAACUUCAACCAACCAAAGAUACAGAUAAUUUAAACCCCUUGAGAACAGAAAGAUGGGAUCCUAUUAGAAACCAGAUUCUAGAAAGCAUUCUUCGCUUAUUCUUUUCCACUGGCAUUGCUGAGGCCAUUACUGGUUCUUAUUCUAAUGAGGCUGCAUCUAUUAUAUCAGCUUCUCGAUUUUAUCAUCGAUCUUUCUGGGAAUUGGUUGCUUCAAGCGUCAUCAAAUCUCCUCCACAUACUAGGGAAGAAGCAGUGAAAUCAGUCGAGCUCUGGGGACUAAGCAAAGGGCCUAUUUGCUCUUUGUAUGCUAUCCUCUUUUCUUCCAGACCAAUACCAUCUUUGCAGCUUGCUGCCUAUGCUGUUUUGUCAACAGAACCUGUUUCUAAGUUGGCUGUCUUUGGUGAAGGAAGUGCACGAUGCUUGGAUGUUGAUUCAAAUGCUUACCAGGAGUCAAAUCAACUUGAUCUUUCAGCAGAAGAGAAUAUUCAUUUGAGAGAAGAACUAUCCUACAUGAUUGAGAAAUUACCUCAUGAUGUUCUUGAUAUGGAUUUAGUAGCAGAGCAGCGGGUACAUCUGUUCCUUGCUUGGUCUUUGUUUUUAUCCCAUUUGUCAUCAUUACCUUCAUUAUCAUCUUCAAGGGAGAGACUGGUACAAUAUAUUCAAAAUUCUGCUAAUCCAUUGAUACUAGAUUGCCUUUUCCAACAUCUGCCUUCCGACUUGAGUUUAAUGCAUGUUCUAAAGAAGAAAGAUGGAGAGCUUCCUAAUGUUUUAUCAGAGGCUGCAACUGCAGCCACACGUUCCAUCACAACAGGGUCAUUAUUUUUUUCUGUGGAAUCCCUUUGGCCUAUUGAACCUGUGAAAAUGGCUGCACUUGCUGGAGCUAUAUAUGGCUUUAUGCUUCGCCUACUCCCUGCUUACGUGCGGGGAUGGUUUAGUGAUUUACGUGAUCGUUCUACUUCAUCAUUGAUCGAAUCUUUUACUAGAACAUGGUGCAGUCCACCUCUGGUUGCAAACGAACUAUCCCUGAUAAAGACAGCAAAUUUUGCUGAUGAGAACUUUUCAGUAAGUGUAAGCAAAUCAGCAAAUGAGGUUGUUGCUACCUAUACCAAAGAUGAGACAGGAAUGGAUCUAAUUAUUCGCCUUCCUGCAUCUUACCCAUUACGGUCCGUAGAUGUUGAUUGCAUGAGGAGCCUAGGAAUAAGUGAAGUGAAACAGAGGAAGUGGUUAAUGUCUAUGAUGUCGUUUGUUCGUAGUCAGAAUGGAGCUUUAGCUGAAGCUAUACGAAUAUGGAAGCGCAAUUUUGACAAGGAAUUUGAAGGUGUUGAGGAGUGCCCUAUAUGUUACAGUGUUAUCCACACUGUGAACCACAGCCUACCUCGUCUUGCUUGCAAGACCUGCAAACACAAAUUCCAUUCGGCAUGCCUCUACAAGUGGUUUUCAACUUCUCACAAAUCUUCUUGCCCAUUAUGCCAGUCUCCAUUCUAGUCUGGAAAUCAAUUUUGAGUAGUCGUUUUUCGUGGUACUUUUGCUUGCAGCAUAGGAACAUUAGAUCAUGUGCUCAGGGUAUACAUGUAAUGACAGUCAAGCUCUCUCUCUCUCUCUUCAGACACACAGGUGAUCUUGUCCCCAAUGAGCUUUAUCUGACCACAAUUGGAGUGAUAAGCUUUUCUAUAGAAUGUUGCUACUGUAUA